AUGACGGCACUCGAAUCCCCUACGGUGUCCCUACCCAAGUCCGGCCUGGUUGUUAAAAUGGAGGACCGCAAGCGACUUGCUACGCAGGAUCCUGGUGAUUCGGCUCCCCCGUUGAAGAAACAAGCCACUACUGUUAACGGAGGAGUAAAGGCGCACCCCGACACCGAUAUGCCAUGGCGCGAUGAUCUCGAGCGAUAUCAGAAGGAUGCAAUCUGGAGACAGAUGCAGGAAUAUAAACGCGAGAAAACUACGCUUGAAUCUCGGAUAAAGGAUCUAUCCAAGAAGAUGGCGUACAAUGAAGAACAUGUCAGUGUUCUCGAUGCAUGGCUCAAGCAGUUAAUUGACGAAGUCAAAGUGCUAUCCUCUUCGGUAGACGGGCCCUCAGAAGAGAGCCCCACAUACCAGACCUCGUUGCUUUUCAGUGGGCAUGAAUCAUUUGAAAAACACCUACAAGACCGAGCAAAUGAAAUCAAGGGCUCGAUAUCUCGACUUUUGUCUAACGCGGCCAAGGCUACUCCAGAUAUUACCAGCUUGCAAUCCCAACUUGCAAAGAAACUCGCGGACGAAAAGGCUGUCAAUGUGGCCAUAGAAAAGGCAAUUGCGGAAAAACAACAACUCGAAGAGCGGCUGGAGGCAGCAUCAUUGAGAUAUAUGGUAGCUGAGAAGAAAAUAGAUCGAGCCAAAAGCCUUACUGUUGCCAGGCUGGAAAAGCAGCACAUUCUCGGUCCCCAUAAGUCAGGCGAUACCUCCACAAAACGAGAGGAGGGGCCAUCUACCAAUGGAACAGCCGAGAACCCUGAAAAGGCCACUGAGAUGGAAACGCUGUACAAUACCACGCUUGCGGUAUCCAGCAAGCAAAAGGAGCAACUAGAAAAGCUCGAAGCAGAUAAUUCCAAACUGUUGACUCAAAUAACCGAACUCCAUGUUAAGCUUUCCAAACUUUCUGAUGAGGACUAUGCUCACUGUGACCUGUUUAAACAAUUGAAAUCUCAGCAUGAAGAUGUUAUCCAGCGGAUCAAUCAUCUAGAAGCGACCAACAUUCAAUUACGUGAAGAGGCUGAGAAGCUACAAGCUGAACGGACUGCAUAUCGAGUGCAAAUAGAAAACGAGGCUCAAAACACGAUUGGGGAAAAGGAGGCCCAACUAGCGAAAACAGAGUCCAACCUUGUUCGAAUUCGAAAUGCCCGAGACGAGCUAUUGGCAGAUCAGCAGAUGCGGAAGGCAGCUGAAGACCAGGAAAAGAACUCGAUCGCUCAAUUGAAAGAGCUGGUAGACGCCAAAGAAUGUAGAAUUACGUCUUUGGAGCAGGAAGUACAAAGAGUGCAACUGCAAAUUGAUGGAGUGAAGAAUUCCCAGCCAACUAUAAGCGAACUGUCCCAUGAGCAGUUGCGGACUAAAUUUGAUACCCUUGAAAAGCAGUAUGAGAUGCUCAAUACGGAACUAUCAUCCAUGCAGACGGCUUUCCGAAAAUCCUCCAAGUUAGCCUCCCAAAAGAUUGCUGAUACAGCUGCUGCUGAAGAAAGAGCGCAACGUUUGAUGGCCGAGAAGUCCAAGGCCGACCAGAAAUAUUUUGCGGCAAUGCAGAGCAAAGAAGCCCGAGAUGCAGAACUUAGAUCUCUUCGGUUACAGAACAUGAAGAGCUCCGAUAUAAUUUCACAGCUUAAGGAAGCUGAGUCGGCUACGAGAUCCCUUGUUUCAAACGUUGAAAAGCAACUAAGCGAAACGAAGGAAGCGUUGACCACUCUGACGAAUCAAUAUCGAACAUCUCAGCACCAAGUUAACGAAGCAACCAUUGUCAUCCAAGGCUUGAAAUCACAAGUGGCUGAACUAAAGGGCCAACUAGCGACAAAAGAUGCAACACUCACAACAGCCACGAAUAACUGCCGAAAGGCGGAAAGUGAGGUCGAAGGUCUCAAGGUCACUCUUUCGGAUACCAAGAAGAGUUUGGAGUCCUGGAAGAGUCGUGGCUUGGGUAAUAACACAUCCGAAUAUGAGAUGCUAAGAACUCUUGCCCUUUGCACUGUCUGCCGGCGAAAUUUCAAAAAUACUGUCAUCAAGACCUGUGGCCACGUCUUCUGCAAAGAAUGCGUUGAAGAACGAUUGACUUCCAGGUCUCGCAAGUGUCCGAAUUGCAACAAAUCUUUUGGAAGCAAUGACCACAUGCAUAUUACCCUUUAA